CCCAUUUACUCCACCUUCAGUGACUUAGCCACCUGCUGCCAGCCUGAAGGAGGCUGGGGACUCUACAUCAAAAGUCCCUCAGGCCCAUAGCCGGGUUAUCACCAAGGUCUUCUCAAGGACGCUGAGAUGAAGGCCGCCGGAGAGCCAACCCCGGAUCUUGGGCAGACCCUGGAGUGGCUGAGGAAGGAGCUGGCUGAGAUGCAGGUCCAAGACCAGCAACUUCUGCUCACGCUGAGACACCUUCACAGUGUCCUGGAGGAGUUGCGGGCUGAGAGCGCACAAUGGGAGGCCCGGUCCAGCGGAGGGGCGUCCCCGGCCAGAGCGCGAGCGGACUCUGACGGCAGGGCCUGCCGGCCUGUCUCCGUGAGGGGGCUGGCCCAGCUCCUCCGAGGGGAAGAGAGCAGACGAAGCUCCCUUCCCUAACUGGCCGGAAAGGGCCCUGGCCUUCUGCCCUCCUGGUCUAAACUUUGGUUGUGAUGUUUGGGGAGGGGGCUUUGGGAUGGGAGUCUGGAAGC